GGUAAACAGGAAGUCACUUCUCAUUCAUUCCAAGUCCUGUCAAAAAGCAAAAGGUAAAUAAGACAUGAUGGGUUGUGUGUGUGGUCGCCCGUCUCAGCUCUCGAGGAGGAUCUGGGCACUUGAAUUUGACACCCACGACAACUUAUGGGUUUUAAGAUUUAUCUUGUGGUAUCCUUUUGACAAGUUGAAUUCAUGACGAAGGUAACCUCGAAGGAUUUUUUACCGUUACUUGUUACUGUUGUUAUCGACCAUGCACGCCCUUUCCAUUCUGUCUUUACUCUUUACUAUUGCAUUCUCCGUCUAUGCCCAAUCUUCUCCUUCUGCCCCUGUCAUUUCCUCGAAUGGUGAUUGCUCGUGUGGAUACUAUGAUAUUGUGAAUGGAAACCUCUUCACAGAAUCUCUAAUAGUGUAUUUCAAUGAAACCGAUACUCUUUCCGACGACUUCAUACUUCAGUCAUACGAAAACAGAUAUGAGAGGGAUUACAACAGCAUCUUCCGACAAGGUUCCAAUCCUACAAACAUCAACUUCCUUAACAGUUCGUUAUUCACGUCCGAUAACGAUGAUUCCUGGUCUCUACCUUCAUCCAGAUCACGCUCCUCACGACAGGUCUCGUCAAAUUCUCCGCACCAGAACGUUUCGUCUACGAUCAGCGGAGGAGGCGGGAACUCUUCAACUGCGAAUGAGCCAAUAUCAUUGCCCAUGCCGUCUGGUAGACCUUUCACGACGUCCCUUAAAUUAUCAGUAGAUCCACCGAAUAGUGAUCACUUGGUAACAGGUGGUGGCAUCCGAACUGUGAGACAGGAUAUCAAAUAUGGUUCAGCACGUGCUCAUCUCCGUCCUUCAAAUCAGGGAGUUGGGGGAACUUCACUCUCAAUGAUGUUUCGAUAUAAUGAUACAGAAUCAAUGGAAAUCAAUAUCAUGAACACCAACCAAAAUUCGACUUCUUGGGUCACAAGUUUGGUUCAUUCGGAAUUUCCAGAUCCAUCACUUGGCACGAACUUCAGUACUUUUGCCGGGAAGAACAUAUCGCUAUAUGAUUACAACGAGUUUCGACUGGACUGGACGGAGAGUGAAGUUAAUUGGUAUAUCGGAAGCGCUCUUAUUAGAUCAAUUUCUAAGACGAAUGGUUCCAUACCAUCAACGCCCUCACCCUUCUUUAUCAAGCAUUGGUCUACAGGAAAUCCAUAUUCGAUGCAAGGCCCACCUAUUUCUAUUUCAGAUGCAAAUAUUGGAUGGAUUCGACUCUUUUUCAAUUCGUCAACGAUGAAUUCUACGGACCAUGCAAAUUUCGAUGCGAAAUGCAACCUUACUGUCGCAUGUUCAAUGGACAAUACAGCUUUACGGGGCUCCUCGCCUUUCCCAUCAGCCGCUUCAUAUCCAUGGGAACAGCGUGUUGCUCGUGGCACACUUCGGUGGGUGGCUAUUUGGUUCAGCGUAGGCUGUAUAGUGAUUACUCUGACAGCUCUGGUGAAUGCUCUUCUUAAGCUCAAAGUUUUCAAGAAGAAAGAGGGGGAUGUCCAACAUAUUCCAGAAGAUGAUAACAGUGUGAUGAGCCCUCCUUCUUCACCCUAUACGCACUACAGAAACGCAAGCUUGACUCCCGCACCUUCAUAUAGGACCCGAAUUGAAUCCUAUAAUUCGGAAUCAUCAACCUUAAUAGCUUCAUUCAAUUUUUCAUCCGCAAGCCAUUCAGUUUCUGCUGGAAGAGGCUUGAGUGGCAUCGGAUCUAUUGAUCAGAUAUACAGCAAGGUUGACCCCGGAUGGGAUACUCCUGGAAGUACUUCAGGCGAGAAUAGUGACAAUGCAAUGUCUAUCAAUGAACUACCUUCUAACCAACCUCACUCGUGGCCCAACUCGCCCGCCCCUAGCCGAUUCGAUUUUAACCUCAAUGAAAAGUCUAGACGACUCUCAGGGCUUGACAAUACUACCACCGUGGGUGCGUUAGACAAUGUAACACUUGAUAUCGAAUCAGACGUCAUAGAACCACAGCAUCAGAAGCAUGGCCAAACUUAUAUUGAUACACAUUCAGAUGGACGAGAUACCACAAAUGUAUUUCCCACAUCUAAAUUCUCAACAAUCGGAAGUGCAGCCCCCAUAGAAAACAGUCAAAGAGUGGAUCACUUAGCCGGUCUUAUCACAGUCGCAGCAAUCAACGUAACUGUCCUCCACUUCUGCCUAACCUUCGUACCGGCCGUCAUUGCCCCGGGUGCGUUUGCACACUAUCCCGCUGAGAUAUGGAUUAACAAAACCAUCGUACCUUUUUUUCUCAAUCAAGGAGCUCUCGGUCUCUUUUUUACAACCUCCGCUCGAUUCCUCAUUACACCUUUUCUACGGGAUGGAGACCUCUCUUGUAUAUCUCAAAAGAUAAUCGGUCGAGUAUUUCAAAUCAUGUUACCUGUUCUCGCGUUCGUCUUUCUAGAAUACUUUCUCAUUCUAUCGGGAGCAACGUAUUACCUUCCUUUCUUGCCAUCAAUUACAUGGAGCACAUGGCCUUACGUUACGCCCUUUCCACACAUCGGAAAUCUCCUGAAUGAAGUUAUCGCACUUGCAUACACAAUCCCAAACGCCGUUCCUCUCAUAACUUUCAACUACUGUACCGGUGUUCUCUGGACCAUUCCUGUAAUAAUACAGGGAUCAUGGACAACACUUCUCGCCAUCCUUCUGAUAACUUCUAUUCCAAGCCCGAGCAAACGUCUCCCUUUCUACCUUUUUUCUCUCCUCAUAAACUGGUACUCACUAUCCUGGUCCUCCUUCUUUUGGGUCGGCAUUCUACUCACCGAUCUCGAAGUUACUUACCACAUUCCAAAAUACCUGCACAAACAUCCUCUCAUAUACUAUCCUCUUAUUUUGAUCCUCACAAUUUUAGCCCUUUCAGCCCUGAGCGCAGACACCUUCAACCAAUGGCUAAAUUACAGCAUUAUAGCUAAAGAAACACUCAUACAUCCCGACCCAAACACAGGACUUCCGGCGACUAUCACUCGAAAUUCCGGAUACCCGGGCUAUCCUGGGUAUUGGGUCCCUCAUUUUAAUGGCCUCGUCUUCUGUACUGCAAUUCAAUGCCUGGCAUCUAUAUCACCCUUCGUCCAGUCAUUUCUUUCCGCUAAACACCUGAUGCUUUUAUUCCCACACGUCUUUAGCAUGUAUCUGUUCCACGGUAUGAUAUUUUGGUCCCUUGGUGCUUGGGUCUGCAUUACGCUCAACAACAUCUUACCGUAUUGGGCAGUACUAAUUGUGACGGCCGUGGUAUGUUAUACGGUAUUAUUUUUAUCAUUACCAUUAUUAUCAUUGAUCGCAGGGUUAUGCGGAAAAGGGUUAGCUGGGGAUAUCAAGAGAGACUCAAGGGAGGAGCCAUUGCGGGGAAGGCCAACUUUAACACCAUUUGGAAGGGAUUGGCUGGACCGGAAUGGCAUGGUUGACGGGAUUCCUGUUGUGAGUGGUGCAGCACCGAUUGAGGAAAGUAAGGUUGGAAAUACGGGGAAAGGGAAGGAGAAGGUAAACGGCGUAGAGAUUCGGGUUAUCGAGUGUGAGGAGAGAGUUCUGCAAGCAUCUACUACUAGUCCCACCAAUAAUAUGUCCAAGGGCAGGUUCGCCGAGGGUGAGGUGCAUGUCAACGGAAACCAGAUUAUUAAGGCAUGAGAAAUUAAUGAGGGUUCGUAGUUGUUUUUGUAAUGGUGGUAGUUUUUGGCGGGAAACAUAUUUACUCAAAGUACA